UCGAUAAAACUUUUUGCUCUUUUGAGACCCCUCCUGUAGAGAUGCUUACUGGCUUAAGUCUUGUGGAAGCAGCCUCAGUAACACGUCCCCUUGGAGACUAGCAGGAGCAACACGUGAUGCGUCUUACUUAUCAGGUUAGGGGAGAGGAGAGAGCUGCGCUUUGGGGACGGUCAGAGAGGAUAGCGAAAUAAGUGUUUUCCUCUCGUCUCUGGACUCUUUCUUCUAUCUUCCUUUUAGGAAUUUGGAAGAAAGAGGGGGGAACAAAGUUGUCGAACUUUGCACAUCCUCAGAAACGCCAUUUUGAUUCCUCUCCGGAACAACUUUGCAGCUUCUUUUUUUUUUUCUUAGCCCAUCAUCACCAUCAUCAGUAUGUCUCGGCGUAAGCAGCCCAACCCCAACAAAGUCAAACUGUGAGCAGUGGGGUGCUGACACUCGAGGUGGGCAGGCAGGCCGUGGUCUCCCACCCAGGCCCUGAGCUCCGAGCCCAGACGUGUUUUUGCCCUGGUCUCUCGACGGUGAUGGAGAGCGCCACAGAAGACAAGCGUCCGGGGGGAGGGGUGAGCGCUGAGUUGAGCACUGUAGAGACUGAGCACUCUGAGGGGCAGGAAACCCCCAACUCCACACACACACAGGACGAGCACACAGGGAGUAAUGGAGCUAUGGAGGAAGGAGAGGAGGAAGAUGAAAAUGGAGAGAAUAUGACAGAGGGCGUGGACUUGUCAUCCAUCAAUGCCAUGCUGUCAACGGUGAUGAACGCAGGCCAGCUCAACGGCGCCAUGGAGCCCUCCUCAGCCCCUGCCUCAACACCUUCCAUCUCAAUUAGCAAGACCACCCCACCCAGACCCACUAGUGUCAAUCGCAAUGCCAGGAGAAACACGGAAGCCAAAGACGUCAAUACAGAUUUCAUCUGUCCGCUGUGUGACAAAGACUGUAUGACCCAGCACCAGCUCACUAUGCACAUCCGACAGCACAACUCGGACAACGGGGCGACUGACCACUCAUGCAGCAUCUGUGGCAAGGCCCUGAGCUCAGCCAGCUCGCUGGACCGCCACAUGCUAGUGCACAGCGGAGAGAGGCCCUACAAGUGCUCCUUCUGCGGCCAGACCUUCACCACCAACGGCAACAUGCACAGGCACAUGAAGAUCCACGACAAAGACCCAGCCGGCGUCAUUCCUAUUAGCCCCCCCUCGCCCACCAAGAGACGCCGCCCCUCCGCCAAGAGGAGGUCAGCCAUGGACGAGGACACAGAGCGAGGCGACGAACUGCCCAACAAAAAGGUGCUAGAGGAGAGUGUGUUGGAGGAACUGGGAUCAGGCCAGGGGGAUGAUGAGGUGUUGCCGUGCCCGAUCUGCUUCAAGACCUUUGGCUGCAAAUACGACCUGGAAGUCCACAUGGACACACACCCUGACACCACUCUCAGGUGUGACCUGUGCUGCCUCUCCUUUCGGACCCACCGCGGCCUGCUGCGGCACAACGCCGGCAUCCAUAAGAAGAUGCCCACGGACCCCGGCGGACGGCCCUUCAUCCAGAACAACCCCUCCAUCCCCUCUGGCUUCAACGACCUGGCCUUUAUCGACUUCUCCUGCCGCAAGUUUUCUCAUAUCGCCCAGGUCUGGUGUGAAACCAAUCUCCGCCGGUCCACCAGCAAGUUCCACCGUUUUGUGUGCGAGGCCUGCGACAAGGCCUUCCCCCUACACUCGGCCCUAGACCUGCACAAGACCACCAUUCAUCAGCAGCAGCAGCCGUCGCCUGUAGGGGGCGGCCAAGAGAUCCCUGCGGUCCAGGAGAAGCCGACAACCCCGCCCCCUCAGCAGGCCAGCUUCCUGGAAUCCCUGGGUCUGCAGCACAUUUCCCAGGUCAAGCCUCAGCCUUCUGAGGAUGAAGUCCGUCAAGCCCAGCUGGACAGUAUCCGGGUCAUCCAGGUGGGGCCUCCGGACUCCACCCUGCCCCAAGAGGCGGCUUCCACAGCUUCUGGAUUUCUGGGCGGCCUGGGCUUGGUGGCUGCUUCGUCUCUGCAGGGCCUGUCCCAGAGGGAGGCCCUCAGUCUGUUCUCCCUGCAGCCCUUCCCCACGGGCUUCCUCUUCCAGCCGGACAGUAGCACUGCUGUCAAGCCUGUCUGUGGCGAGGCUGGCCUGAUUGAGCUGUCUGACAUCCAGCAGAUCCUGAAGGUGGCCUUGGCCGCCCCCGGUCAGAUGGGCCUCCUGCCGACACUGGCCAAGGCCCCGCACCAGGGAGUGUCCGGCCAGGCCCAGGCGGCCAGCUGCAAGCCCAUGCCCCCGCUGAAGCCAAAGCCUAUGGUGGCACCGCGUUCCAGCCCGGCUGCCUCCACGCCACCGCCGCUCCAGAGCACCCAGCAGGCUUCCCUGGGCUGCAUCAGCCCCAGCCUGCCCCCGCCACCCAGCCAGCUGCUCAAUAUGCCCCAAGAGUCUUCAUCAUCAUCAUCAUCCUCCUCUUCCUCGGGCAGCCAGGCCUCCCUGGAGAAGAUGCAGAUGGAGGCGGACUGCAUGGGCGAUGCCCUCAUGCCCAACGACUUGAUGGAGCUGCAGAUCAAACAAGAGGAGGGCCAGGCGGCCGGGGGAAAGAAGGGGUCAGGAGGGGCCAACCGCGGGGGUGCUAAGGCAUCCUACCCCUGCCGUUUCUGUGACCAGGUGUUUGCCUUCUCCGGGGUGCUGCAGGCGCACAUGCGCUUCCACCUGGGCAUACUACCGCACCAGUGCAACAUCUGUGACUACGUCGCACCCGACAAGGCCACACUCAUCCGCCACCUGCGCACGCACAGCGGCGAGCGCCCCUAUGUGUGCCGCGUCUGCCACUACCCUUUCACCGUCAAGGCCAACUGCGAGCGCCACCUGCGCAAGAAGCACAUGAAGAACACACGGAAAGAGAUUGAGAAGAACAUCAAGUACGUCUCGUCAACCACCACCCAGGAUCCUUUGGAGCUGGUUGCUGCCGGCGACACCGCCUGCCGCUUCUGCGGUGAGGAUCUAAAGAGCUACCGGGCUCUCCAGAUCCACCUGCGCACCCACAACGGCUGCCAGCGCAAGCCCUUUGAGUGCCGGCGGUGCGGGGCGGCUUUCCUGGCCAAGAGGAACUGCAUCCACCACAUGCUCAAGCAGCACCCAGAGGUGCAGGAGCGGGAGAUCGAGGAGCACAUCGCCACCCUUCUCCCCGUCAUCACAGCCUCCACCUCCAGGGCCAGUCCCAGCAACCCUCUGGCUCUCAACGGCCUCACGCCCAACCCCACUGCCACCCUGCAGCCGGUCAAGGUGGAGGAUCUCAGCAUCUACUCCUCCUCUGGUGACCUGGAUCAGCCCUUGGACUUCUCCAACAAGAGCCGCGGGACAAGCAGCACUGCGGGGAGCCUGACCGGGUCUCCUGGGAUCAAACUGGAGACGGUCAGCCCAGCAGCUUACGACUGCUCCAUGGAACCUAUUGACCUGUCCAUCCCCAAGAACCCCAGCAAGAGGCUGAAGACAGACACCACCGCUGUUGCCCCGGUGAGCGUGGAGCGCAGAGAGAUCAAAAAGGAGCUGCCCUUCCCCAGCGUACUGGACCACCUCCCCUCAGCCCUUCAGCUGGACAAGAGCACUGAGGAGAAGCUGACGACCCCCCAGUCUGGCUCUUACCAGCUCCCCCCAGUGACCCCCUCCCCGUUCCCCAUUGGCACCACCACAGGCCGGGCACUCCGUCUCAAGCCCCUACUGCCCAAACCAGCCUCUACCUCCUCAUCCUGCUCUCUGAAAGAGCUUCCCCCUUUGGCUUCCAUCGCCCAGAUCAUCUCCUCUGUCUCGGGGGCUCCAGACCUACUCAAGAGGGAGCCAGAUAACAAGGCUCCUGCUGCCCUCAACGGCCUCCAGACAGAACCGGACCGUCCAGCUGGGGGUGACAACAGCUCAGAAACAUCGAUGGAAGAGCUCCCCCUAGAGGGCUUGUCCAGAAAGCGCACUAGAAAGAAGCCAGUGAGCCAGGCCAAGACUAUGGCACCUGCCUGUGUGUCCACGCUCGAGCAGAACACAGGCAGCGGCUUGGACCUGGAAUCCAGUGGUGAGUUCGCCAGCGUGGAGAAGAUGCUUGCCACCACCGACGCUAACAAGUUUAGCACCUACCUGCAGACGGGGGCGGCGGAGCUGGGAAGGCGAAACGAGGGGAGACAGAGCCCGGGAGAGGAGAAGGAAGAGAAAGAGUCACCACCUCAGUCUGUGCCGCCCCAGUCCAAAGGAGGGAAGAAGAAUGCCUACUCCAACUCAGUGCAGAAGAUGACCUGUCCCUUCUGCCCCCGGGUCUUCCCCUGGGCCAGCUCCCUGCAGAGACACAUGCUCACACACACUGUCUUCUCUAAUGUGCUGUCGGCUACAGGUCAGAAGCCCUUCCCCUGUCCCAAAUGUGACGCCUUCUUCUCCACCAAGUCCAACUGUGAGCGCCACCUGCUGCGCAAGCACGGCGUGACCAACCGCUCUCUGCGCCGCAACGGCCAAGUAUCCAAGAACGGCGAUGAGGGUUCACACGACAGCGCAGAGAGUUCCGAGAAUGAGCAGACUGCAGGAGAGGUUUUGGAUCUGAGCAGCAUGGACCCUGAUCAGAAAGGCGACGCAUACGAGUCGCCAAAUGCAGACCAAACACCAGACAUUGCUGAGCAGCUGCUAGGGGAGAUGGAACCGCAACCUAGCAACAACAAAACCAGCAACAAUUAUGAAAAUGAAGACUAUGAUGACAAUGAUUCACAGAGCAACAAGAGCUUGGACCUCAACUUUGCCAGCAAGCUCAUCGACUUCAAGUUCUCGUCGGAUGGCGAGCAGCCUCAGACCUCCCUGGGCGGAGAAAGGGUGGUGGUGGCCGAGCCGGAGAGGGUGAUGGACGUCCAGCAGCAGGACCAAGAGUCCUCCAAGUACACCUGCAAGAACUGCAAGAAGAACUUCCGCUACGCCGCCACCCUGGCUCGCCAUGAGAAGGCUCACCUUUGUGAGAGUGCACCCCCCGAAGAGGCUUGUGGAACGGAGGGGACCGGGCCAGGCACAGAGCUCCCCAAUGCUACUACAGCCACCACUGAGGAGGAGGAUCAGGAGGAGGAGGGAGAGAAGGAGGCUCCGGAAAGCGAGGGAGCGGAAAGUGUGAUGGACAGCGGCUCAGAGGAGGAGGAGAAAGAGAAGGAGGAGAGGAGCGAUGAGGAGGGGGGCUUGGCAGAACCAAAGAACGGAGAAGGAGAGGUGGGAAGAGGGUCGGGAAGCAAAGCAGACAAGAGGAAGAAGAUCUGUAACGUGUGCAGCAAACGCUUCUGGUCACUGCAGGAUCUGACGAGACACAUGCGCUCGCACACAGGCGAGAGACCCUACAAGUGCCAGACGUGUGAGCGCACCUUCACCCUGAAGCACAGCCUGGUGAGGCACCAGCGGAUCCACCUGAAGCCGCGGGGCAGCGAUGGAGCUGAUGCCAACGGGGCAGAGGCCCCGGCCGGAGACUCGGCUAGCGAGGAGGGAGAAUGCACCCCAACCAGCACAUGUCCUCCUUCAGAGAAUGAGAGCGAGGGCACUGGAGUGGCCAGGGAGGGAGCUGAGAAAGAGGCCCCUCUACCAGGCUCCACAUCUCCGGACCAGUCCCUGUCCACCACUGAACCAGCCCAGUCUGAGUCAGCUACAGAGGCCGUGGCUGAGCUGCUCAUUAAGCCAGCCUCGGAACCAGGCUCGGAACCUGUUCUGGACCCAUCUGUAGAACAGGCCUCGGACAACGUCUCUGAAAUAGCUGUAGAACUAGCUGCUGUAGAAUCAGCCUCAAUAACAGCUAGUAAUACAGCCACUGAACCAGCAACAGAAACCCCCAAAGAAUCCUCCACAGAGUCCCACACCCCACAGCCCUCUGAUGUAACCCCAGAGAAAGACCCAGAGGGCCCAUCGGAAGGCUUCAUCCAAGGCCUACUGGAGAUCCACACCAAGCCUCCCCGGGAGUUCACCCUACCUGCCGGCGAGGCUCCCUUGGUGGGCGUGGAGUGAGGGAGCCCCAGUCUCUGGUUCUCUUUACGCAGUGGACCACUGUAUGUGCCACAGUGCCAUAAGAUAGAAGUACCCCUCCCCAAUAAUGCAAGACGAUGAAAUCAAGAAGAAACACCUUGUUUCUAAGUGCCUUACUACUUCUAUUUUUGAUUGUUUUUGCUAUAUCUUUAUCUACAUUUAUCUACGGAGGAUCUAAUUUUAUAGCUUUUUAUGAUGAUUACAUAAUUGUUUUUGGAGUCUAUAUAGAAAUGACCUUUGAAUAAGCAAUAAAUGAAAUCUCAUUUACCAUGACCGAUUUAUGACAUGAUCAAGUGUGUGACAGACGUAAAAUAACUGUUAUUGUGUAUUUAAACCACAGUCGUACCUUAAAAACAAUGCAGAGACUGAGUCAGUUCACAGCAGUGGAGAUAGUCACUCAUGUAACUGGAAACACCGCUAAAGCAGACAACUGUCAGGCUGUCAUAAAGGUGUCCUGAAAAAAGACUGGCGUUGUUCUCUCUCCUUCGUCUUGAUUUACUCCCUCAUCCCUGAUUACCAACGUCUACAGUCUCUCUUUUUGUUUGCAGAAUACAUGAAUGAACUGUGACGUGAUUUGGUGUGAGGGGACAGGUGACUCAUAGAAAACAGACUUGACAAUGGAUAACCUGGCGCAACCGAGAACUCUGCUUUUGUCUUUGGUUUUUAACAUGCCCUCUUCCCAUAGGCUCUCUAUCUUUUCAGAAGUAAUAUGGGCAAUAUUUGCCUGAACAGUGUGUUUUUUCAGAAUCAUUCUCAUUUAAUUCCAUGUGCGUUGACCAUGUUGCAUUUGGAGUAUUCUGUGUGUUAUUCGUUCAGGUGUUGGUGGGGGGAUAUAAGGUUUUUGCAUAAAUUGAGCUUUUCCUGAA